UCGUCCGGAUUCUUUCCAAACGCCACUCCUUGCUCCUUGUGCACUGUCCCUAGACGUCUCUUCCCUGAGCGGGUCCCUCUGUCUAUAGAUCCCUUUCAGGCUGAACAGAUGUUUUGCUUUUCCUCAGAGCUCGGCGGCAACAACUUAGAACUGGCGGAGCCGAUGGAGAAGGCAGCUCUAGCGGCCGAGGUAGACUCGGACCCCGAGCUUCUACGGAAGCAAGAGCUAGAGCGGUCCCCAAGGACCUCGACGUCGCCAGAAUGUGAAGUCCUACUCACACAAGCCCACGACUUGGCGUCUCGGGGUUGCCUUCGGGAAGCCCUCGAGGUGUACAGACAACUCUCCGAGAAGCAGCAGCUGGUAGCCGAACAGUUAAAGCAGCUGGUGCUUUGCCUGGCAGAAAAGAUCGCGCAGGAAGAGGCACCCUCGAACCCGAGCAGCGCCUCAAACUGCAUGGUGGAGACCACCGAGGUAUGGGAGGGCUUUAAGUGCAGAAAGUGUCAUGGAUUUUUUUCUGAUCCAGUGUCCUUGUGGUGCGGCCACACCUUUUGUAAGUUGUGCCUGGAAGUGGAGAGCGCAGCCGACCGGAGUUGUGCGUUGUGCGGGGUCAAGCUGUCUGCCUUGAUGGUGACCAGUGGGCGAGUGUGGGGCCACCGGCGGGCCCAGAAGGCGGCGCCCCUGCCACUGCGGGUCAACGUGGUGCUUCGAGGUCUUCUUGUGAAGUUGUUCCCGGGACUCGUGAGAGCGUCGCAACUCCGGCAGGAGGGCAAUCAGCUCUACCAGGAACAGCAAGUGGAAGCGGCGCUACUCAAGUACAAUGAAGCCCUGAGUCUGGAUCCAAAUGAUGCGUUGCUUUACAGCAACCGGUCUCAGAUCAACUUUACAUUGAAAUCACAUGAAGACGCUCUUCAUGAUGCAGAAAUAGCUUGUAAACUCCGCCCAAAGGGUUUGAAGGCACAUUUUAGAAAGGCACAAGCCUUAGUUAACCUAGGCAAGGUGGAGGAGGCACUACGGGAAUUCCUAUACUGCGUGUCCCUCGAUGGAAGGAACACAAAGGCGAGAUAUGAAGCUCAAAAGCUUCUCCUUAGUUUCUUUUCACCAUCAGUCCCGGGGGAUUCUCCCGAUAUCCUGAAGCUGUUGGCACCUCACCCUAGAUUAAAGGAACACGUAGGAACAAUGUCUACUGAAGGCACCAGUCAUAAUCUACCAAAGUUGUCACAGGAAAAUUCAGAGCUUUCACAUUGCUCUGGUCAGAGGGAACCAACAGCCAGAACAUACAGCAACAAUCUGAUGAAUGUCAUUCACGUAACAGUGGAUGGUCAGCAACACCAUGUGAAAGACCUGGAAAAGAAGGAGACGCAGGCCAUUGCCUGUGUUGAGUCUGACAACUGCAAACAAAAGAAAAGGACACAUAGUCAAGUUGAACCUGAAGAAGACACAGAUAUACUUCAUAAAGACUUCAAGAAAGAUCUUCCCACUGAUCAGGAGUCCAAGCCUGCUUUUACUAUUCCACUUACUUUUGAUGCAUCUGAUCUUGAAUGUGCCCUAUGUAUGAGAUUAUUUUAUGAGCCUGUCACAACACCUUGUGGACAUACUUUUUGCUUAAAGUGUCUGGAACGCUGCUUGGACUAUAACGCAAAGUGUCCACUGUGCAAAGAUGGCCUCUUACAGUGUUUGGCUUCAAGAAAAUAUAGCAAAAACAUAGUCAUGGAGGAGUUAAUAGCAAGAUUCCUACCAGAAGAACUUCAGGAACGAAAAAGACUUGAUGAAGAAGAAAUGGAGGAAUUUUCUAGCUUAAAUAAGAAUGUGCCUAUUUUUGUGUGCACCAUGGCUUAUCCCACUGUUCCAUGUCCACUGCACGUUUUUGAGCCUUGUUAUCGCCUGAUGAUUCGUAGAUGUAUGGAGACAGGCACGAGACAGUUUGGAAUGUGUCUUAGCCACCCUGUUAAUGGCUUUGCAGAUUAUGGAUGUAUCCUAGAGAUCAGACAUGUUCAAUUCUUUGCCGAUGGCCGCUCAGUGGUUGACAGCAUAGGCAAGAGGCGCUUCAAAGUACUGCAACAAGGCCAGCGCGAUGGCUAUAACACAGCGGACAUUGAAUACAUCGAAGAUCAAAAAGUUCAAGGAGAAGAUUAUAUUGAGCUUGUAGAGUUACAUAACUCUGUUUAUAAGCAAGCAUCAACAUGGUUCCAUUCACUGAAACCAUCUAUGAAAAAUCGAAUCAUCAGUCACUUUGGUCCAUUUCCAGAAAAAGAUGAUGACCCUCAGAUUAAUCCAAAUGGCCCAUCCUGGUGCUGGUGGAUGUUAGCUGUGCUUCCUUUGGAAAAUCGAGCACAACUCCCUUUUCUAGCAAUGAAGUCCUUAAAGGAUCGCCUGAAUGGUAUUAGCCGAGUCCUGGCCUUCAUGUAUGGACAUAAAAAAUAGCCACAGUGGAGUGUGUGAAGAUGGGAGGUCUUAUCAGUAUAUCUAAUUGCAAUAACAUCUUAACAAAAGGGACUACCAAAUAGAAGCAUUACCACCUAUUGAUCACACAGAAAUCAAGUAGAGAGAUCAAAAGAAUGUGUCCUGUUUAAAAUUUUUCUGUUUAAAGAUAACUCCUUGACAUGCUGCCAACCAUAUCAACAGCAAAAGCAUUUAAGAGCCCAGGAAAAAACAAUUGGAAGUUUAACAUAAAAGUGUCUGAAAACCUAAAGUGAUUUUGCUUUAGUUUUUUUUUCUUUCUUUCAUAGACGAGUGACUGUGUGGUUGAAAUGAAAAGACACUAAUAAUGUUGUUAUAGUACUUCAGUGACUUGAGGUUUCAUUCCAAUGGUUCAGGUUUUUUAGAGCAUUGUGUAAAAUGUUCAGAGUUUUUCCUUGUUUUAAUACUUUAUUUUUUGCACUACUGUAUCUGUUUUUUCUAUGUGCGUGUUUAUAACUAAGAGAACAUUACUGAAAUGGUCAUUGCUUUAUUUAUUGAUGUGGUCUACCAUGCAUCCAGGGGAAAUAACGGAAGUAGAAAUGUGUAUUUUUUACAUUGAACCCAGCUCUUGAACCAUCUUCAUAUUUGUCCAAGUGGAUAUUAAAAGAAUUUCAGAAUAAAGCUAA